GGGUACAUUCAUCGCGUUUUCACAUCGCAUCGAGUUAGCAUGGCGAACAAAGUUCCCGGAUAACAACAAUCUGGUCUGUCUGCCAUCGCUUUUUAAAAUCUCCUUAAAAAAUUCAGAUAUUUAGAAGAAUGAAUACUUCUUUCGAUGCUAUGGAUAUGUUCUUCAAGACAAACAAAACCAAUAGGACUACAACCAAGUCCCUUGUAAACAGAGGUUCACGAAAACGUAGAGCAAACAGCGACAGUGAAUUAACUUUUAUGGAAAAUGAAAAGACAUACUUUAAUAAUCACUUGGUGACUAUGCCAAAUGAUGACAUUAACAUUGAUAUAAUGGCUGAUGCAAACUCAGAUAACACUGUCUUAAGUGAUAAUACUGCUAUGGAUCCAUCUCAGAUGUUCAUCAUUUUCACUAACCCCCAAGAGGUGUUUACGUGCACUCCUCCACAAAAUAUGCUGAAUAUAAACAGCAGUACAACUGUCACAAAUACACAUGCUAAUAUCGAUUUCGUCGAAGAACCAAAUUCACUAUUUCAAACACAAAUAUACUUGCUUAAUUCUGGAUUACAUUCUGGUAAUAUACAAACAGACCUUACAGAUGAACAGGUUAAUGGACUUUAUGCUAUUCAAGGUGCAAAGGACUUGUCAACUAACUUACCAACUGGAAACCAUAUUCCUGCAAAAUUUUUAAAACAAAAGCUACCAUCUCAGCUUACUUCGAAAGCAGUACCCAGUCAAGUCGAUACUGAAAAUGGGAAAGAUUGUGUCAAUCAACAAUGGAUAACAAUGAAGGAAGAUAAAGCAGAAUUAAGAGAAAAAGGAUGCAAAUGGAAGACUGGUACUUGGAGUAAUGAUGAAGAGGAAUUGUUACGAAAUAAUAUUGAUGAAUAUUGCAAAAAACACAAUAUAACUGAUCCAACACCUACAAUCUAUUCCACUCAAAAAGAAGAAAGAAAACCCUUCUAUCGAUCUAUUGCAACUGGUUUAAACCGCCCACUAUUUGCAGUGUAUCGAAAAGUGCUGCGUAUGUACGAUCGAAAGAAUUAUGUGGGAAAGUACACCGAUGAAGAAUUAAAGAAACUGGAGCAGUUAUGUCAAAGUUAUAAAAAUAAUUGGUGUGCUAUUGGCCUAGUUCUAGGAAGAAGUGCUUCAUCAGUUAAGGAUAGAGCAAGGUUGCUUAAAUGCAACAGAAAAACAGGCAAAUGGGAGAGUGAAGAAUUGGAACUUUUGUCGUCCAUCAUUCGUGAAAUGACAAACACAAAGAAAGGUGAAAGUGUCACUGUGGGAAUCAAUUGGACAGAUGUAGCUGAUAGAAUAUCAACAAGAAAUGAAAAACAGUGCAGGACUAAAUGGUUAAAUUAUUUGAACUGGAAAGAGGCUGGCGGUAAGGCAUGGUUAAAAACUGAUGAAAUCGAACUAAUCGACAGAAUCGGCAAAACCGAAGUAACAGACGAGUCACAACUUGAUUGGAACGAGCUGUCGAAUGGAUGGGCGAGCGUUCGCUCGCCUCAGUGGUUACGAAGUAAAUGGUGGAGUAUCAAGAAACAUUGUCCGGGUUAUCAAGUUAGUAGCUUUUCAGAUGUGCUGAAGUAUGUACAAACGGUUUAUAUCGAAGAAAAUUGGGAGAAGUUAAAAAGAGCGUCACAAAGUGACGAAAGUCUGCUGCAAAGAAUCGCUGACAUGCGUGCGAAUACAGUGAACGAUCAAAACGCUGACAUAACACAUAAUGUCGCCGACGGUAAUGGCGUGACGUCUUUACAAGUCACGUUGUCAGAUCCUUUGAUUAAUCGUAACUUUGAUGCUUCAAACACCCAUCUCGAAAACACAUACGAACUUCAAGGUUUACAGUUCCAGUUGCACCUUACGACUGAUCAUGCGCAGCCUCUUUUCCAUGUGAAUCCUUCUGUUGCAUCCAGCGAGACUACUACUUCCACGCUUUCUGAUGUGUCGUAUAAUGGCAGCUUAUCAACUGCUCAUGAAGAUUACGAAAUAUCUGUGGCACAUUCGAACGUGGAACUUGGCAUGGUGAACACAGUCAUGCCAGCUUUAUCAAAUCAUGUUCUAAAUGACGAAACGACGUUCGAGGAUCACAUUGCUUCCCACAAGAAUGUUCAAACAACUGACGAAACAACCGCAACGCUAUUUACCUCUCAACCGUAUGUAACAUGUAUAAAAUAAUCCGAUAUUUAAAAAUUUCUGCCCAGCACCAGUAAUGUCUAACAGGCAUAAGUCGUUGUUUGUUAUCACCAUAUCGAGGGUAUUCUUGUGGAUCAUCUCUAUUAUCACUGGUUUCUGUAAUAUUCCUACCAAGAACUAUGGACAUUUUACUUUUGAUGCUGACAGACAAUCCAACAACUGGCCUGGACUCAAUAUAAGGCUUGACAAAAGACAAAACCAUAUCCCAUUCCUGAUCAAACGAAUCAACUUUAUCAAUCUGGAUAUUGUGUGCGAUAGCAUACAACGACAAAGCAAUUGCAGCAGAGUGUAUCAAGAAUAAAGAAGAAGUGUACCAUUGUUCAUUUAUUGGUAACUGAUUUGCAGC